GAGACAGGGUCUUGCCUUGUUACCCAGGCCAGAGUGCAGUGGUGUGAUCAUAGCUCAUUGGCCUCAAUGUUGCUAUGCCCAGCAAUUUGUAUUUUUAGAUAUGGGGUCUUGCUAUAUUGCCCAAGCUGGUCUUGAAUGCCUGGCAUCAAGCAGUCCUCCUGCCUCAGCCUCCCAACGUACUAGGAUUACAGGCAUGAGCCAUCAUACCCGGCCAACAUAUUUUUGUUUGUUGAGCUCCUCAUUGUUCUGGCACCAAUUAAAAUCAAUGUCUUAUAGAUAUUAAUGUGAUGGCUCCUGCCAAUCUGCAAAUGGGGUUUGCCUUUCUCACUCAGAUGGGAGUGGGAAUCCUUGGAAACUCCUUCCUUGUCUUUGUAACUUCACCUUGCUUACUGGACACAAGAUUAGACCCACGGACCUUAUUCUCAACCAACUGGCCUUUGCCAAUUUGUUUGUGCUUUUCUCUAGAGGGAUCCCUCAUACAAUAGUAGCUUUUGGAUUGAACUAUUUCCUGGAUGAGGCUGGAUGCAAACUUCUCUUCUAUUUUCACAGUGGCCAGAGUGGUUCCCCUCAGCAGCACCUGUCUCCUCAGUGGCUUCCAGGCCAUAAAGCUUUGUCCCAGUUUCUCUAGGUGGUUGAAACUCAGAAUGAGAUCCCCCAAAGUUCAUUGGCUUCUGUUGUUUUCUCUGCUGAAUCCUGCAACUGUUGGCAAAUAUCUUUGUUCCAAUGAGUGUAACUAGUCAAAUAAACAGCAAAAAUGUAAGUGUGAAAAUAAAUUAUGUAUACUGUUCUUUGCUCAAACCAGCUAGAUGUUUAACGUUUCUAGUCUUAUUCAUAUUCUCUGCAACUGACUUCAUGAGUUUGGGCCUCAUGGGCUGGGCCAGUAGCUCCAUGGUCCUUUUCCUGCACAGACACAAGCAGUGAGUCCAACACAUUCACAGCAACAGAAUCUCUUCAGAGCUCAAGAGGUCAGAGCCAUUUUGGUCCUUGAGGACCGUUUUUUCCUUUUACUCACUCUCCUCUCUUUUGCACGUUUGGAUGACUCUGUUAUUCCAGGUCAGUGGCUGGUGGACUCCUCUAUGAUUUUGUCCUGACGUUUCCCAGCGUUCAGUACCUUUGUGCUCAUUCGUGGUGACACUCGAUUCUCUGCAUUUCAUGUGGCCUGCUAGUCAAGGAAACACCCUUUUCCCAGCUCGCCCGGGGGGCCUCCCUGGAGGAAGUGUCCGCCGGGUGAAGCCACCCAGGAACCCUGCCUCAGGAACCUCUCGGCCCAGCCUCCUGCACCUGGGGACCAUUGGAGGCUUAGGGCAGGAGCGGCCAGGGGGCGUGGCCCCCAUGUGGCCUCCCGGACCGGCGUUCCUGAGCCUGACCGGUAGGUCGCUUCUGUCGCCUACGGAACCAAUGAGGUCACCGAAAUGGCCUCAAACGCCUCGGCCCCGCACGUGAGGGGAAUGAGUCUCCUUCCCUCCCGCGGUGCGGCCGCGGUGUCUACGCGGCCCCGUGGAGUGAUGCGUCCGUGUGGAUCCCGAGCCUUAGCUUUCUGAACCUGAAUCAACGUCUCUAGCCACGUGGGCGCUUAGCUGAGUAUGGGGCUGCGGAAAUCGGCCAGCGGCCCCUUUAAGGAGCGGCAAGUCCCUGUCUCGCUCUUGGUGCGCGCGUUUUCGUAGCGCCCUCCGCGCGCCGCUUAGCCCUUGUUCCGGGUGAAUCUCAGGGAGGGCACUGGAACUCUGGGCUUCUGAGAACUACGUUACCCGUAAUGCCGAGCGCCAAGCUGCAAAGACGCGGAGCCAAUCAACGUUCAGGACCAGACUUGUCUCCGUUUGUUGCAUACGGUAAGGCGGAACUUCCGGCACCGCUCCGAGAUGGUCCUUUUGGUGGUUCUCUACCUUGGCCCACGCCGCGUGAGUUAGAAACGCUGCCUCCGGCACAGAGCGGGGGUCGCCCCGCUGCGCAGCAGCCCGUGGGUCGCUGGCGCUGGUGGCAGCCGUGACUGGGUUCCCGCCCCGGGUUGCCCGCCGCUCCUGGCCCCGCUCCGCUCACAAUCCGAUGGCGGCGGCCCUGCUUAGGGAUUCGACUUCGGUUCCCAUGACUGCAGAAGCUAAACUUAUGGGCUUCACACAGGGCUGUGUGACCUUUGAGGACGUGGCCAUUUACUUCUCCCAGGAAGAAUGGGGGCUCCUUGAUGAGGCUCAGAGGCUCCUGUACCGCGAUGUGAUGCUGGAGAACUUUGCACUUAUAACCGCGCUGGUUUGUUGGCAUGGGAUGGAGGAUGAAGAGACACCUGAGCAAAGUGUUUCUGUAGAAGGAGUACCUCAGGUCAGGACUCCAGAGGCCAGUCCAUCCACCCAGAAGACUCAAUCCUGUGACAUGUGUGUCCCAUUCCUGACUGACAUUUUGCACCUGACCAAUUUGCCUGGGCAGAAACCAUACUUGACUGGGGCAUGUGCAGUCUUUCACCAGGACCAGAAGCAUCAUAGGGCAGAGAAACCCUUGGAAAGUGACACGGACAAGGCCUCAUUUAUGCAGUGCUGCCUAUUCCAUGAGUCAGGAAUGCCUUUCACCAGCAGUGAGGUUGGGAAGGACUUCCUAGCCCCAUUGGGCAUUCUUCAGCCUCAGGCUAUUGCUAACUAUGAGAAGCCAAACAAAAUCAGCAAAUGUGAGGAGGCCUUUCAUGUUGGAAUAAGUCAUUACAAGUGGAGUCAAUGCAGGAGAGAGUCCAACCACAAACACACUUUUUUUCACCCUAGAGUCUGCGCUGGAAAAAGGCUUUAUGAAUGUAGCAAAUGUGGGAAAGCCUGCUGCUGUGAGUGCUCCCUUGUUCAGCUCCAAAGAGUCCACCCUGGAGAAAGGCCUUAUGAGUGCAGUGAAUGUGGGAAAUCUUUUAGCCAAACCUCUCAUCUGAAUGAUCAUAGGAGAAUCCACACUGGAGAAAGGCCUUAUGUGUGUGGUCAGUGUGGGAAAUCAUUUAGCCAAAGAGCCACCCUCAUUAAACAUCACAGAGUUCACACUGGAGAAAGGCCUUAUGAGUGUGGUGAAUGUGGGAAAUCUUUUAGCCAAAGUUCCAACCUUAUUGAACAUUGCAGAAUUCACACUGGAGAAAGGCCUUAUGAGUGUGAUGAAUGUGGAAAAGCCUUUGGGUCCAAAUCCACUCUUGUUCGGCACCAGAGAACUCACACAGGAGAAAAGCCGUAUGAGUGUGGUGAAUGUGGGAAAUUAUUCAGACAAAGCUUCAGCCUUGUUGUACACCAGAGAAUUCACACUACAGCAAGGCCAUAUGAGUGUGGCCAGUGUGGGAAAUCAUUUAGCUUAAAGUGUGGCCUCAUUCAGCACCAGUUAAUUCACAGUGGAGCUAGGCCCUUUGAGUGUGAUGAGUGUGGAAAAUCCUUUAGCCAAAGAACCACCCUCAAUAAACACCACAAAGUUCAUACUGCAGAAAGGCCUUAUGUAUGUGGGGAAUGUGGGAAAGCUUUUAUGUUCAAAUCUAAACUUGUUAGGCACCAGAGAACUCACACUGGAGAAAGGCCUUUUGAGUGCAGUGAAUGUGGGAAAUUUUUUAGACAAAGCUAUACCCUCGUUGAACACCAGAAAAUUCACACUGGAUUAAGGCCUUAUGACUGUGGACAGUGCGGGAAAUCCUUUAUCCAAAAGUCUAGCCUCAUUCAGCACCAAGUGGUUCACACAGGAGAAAGGCCAUAUGAGUGUGGCAAAUGUGGGAAGUCCUUUACACAACACUCUGGCCUCAUUCUCCACCGAAAAUCUCACACUGUGGAGAGGCCUCGUGACAGCAGCAAAUGUGGAAAACCCUACAGCCCAAGAGCUAACAUUGUUUAACUCUUGAAACUCCACACCUGAUAAAAGCCUUAGACCUGCAGGGAAUGUGCCAUCUCUUUCUUCAGUGUUAUGGCUAUAGAGAGCCUUUGUGAAGGAGCCAUCUGCCUAAAGUUAAACCUCAUACUUCUAGACCUUCCGAUGGGUCAGACUCCCAUGAGUUCCAGGCAUAUGUGUCUUGCAGGAGCUCCUUUGCAUGUUCUAAACUGCUGGAGGCCUUUGCCAGAGUUAAAUCAUUAGUCACCCUUGCAUACUAAGGUGAGGCAGAUAACCUGUGUUCUCCCAUUCCUUGGAGGAAAUUCCUUGAGCAGUCUGAGCCUUUAAAGGGAAUUCCUUCCCUUUUCUGACUGAUUACAGCAUACAUCUGACCAGUUUUGGCCAGAAGGGCCUAGCCUGGAUUCUGCUGGAAGCUGAUGUGGAAGGCUUCCCUUCGUGGAAAUUCUUGUUCUCACACAACAUUUGGUAGUUUUUCCAGCCUCCAAGUCACCACCUAGUAACUGGCUGCCUCACAUUUCUCUGGUUUGCGUGGUAAUAAAGGCCUUAUUUUUAAAUCUA